GAUCAUCCAGCUUGUUUCUGCAUUGCCUUCAUCAAUUUCAGCAAAUAUAACUCACCAACUUAUACCAUACCCAGGAACUCCAAAAUCUGUAACUGCUAAAAGACUAAAGUUCUUUUUAAUUUACCCAUUUAAUUGGACUCUUGUGAAAAUUGCAUCAGUGUGUUAUAUGGAUAAUGAAAGAGCCCGUGAUUUACUCAGUGAUCUGCCCUUGAGCAUCAGUGAGAUUAUUCUGACUAUGUUACCUAUAAGAGAUGCUGUUAGAAUGAGCACACUAUCAACCAAAUGGAGGUAUAGAUGGGCAAGCCUUCCACAGCUUAUAUUCUGUGAAAAUUGUGUCAGUCCAUCAUCAGACAAGUCGGUACUCGAAAAGAGGCUUAUAAAAUUUAUUACCCAUGCUCUUCUACUCCACAAUGGCCCUAUCCAUAAGUUCAAGAUAUGUACUUCACUUCUGCAAAGUUGCCCGGAUAUUGAUCAGUGGCUACUUGUACUCUCAAGGAAUGAUGUUAGGGAGCUUACUCUCGAAUUAGGUGAUGGCGAGUGGUUUAGGGUGCCAUCUUGUCUGUUUUCUUUCAAUAAGUUGACUCUUUUGGAGCUUUGUCGAUGUGAAUUGGAUCUCCCUCUUGGCUUCAAAGGGUUCUUGUGUUUGCGGACCUUGACUCUUAAUCAAGUUUUGGUGUCACCUGAAGCAAUCGAGAGUCUGAUCACUAACUGUCCUCUUCUUGAGAGUUUAACAUUGUCAUACUAUGAUGGUUUGGAUUUGAAUAUAUGUGCUCCUAAUCUCAAGUACUUGUGCUUGGAAGGUGAAUUCAAAGAAAUAUGCCUAGAUGAUAACCCAAUGUUGGAAGUAGUUUCUGUCACUUUAUACAUGAAUACAGAUGAAAUUCAUGAGCAUUUUGAGCACAGCUCAGGUUGCAAUUUUGUCAAGUUUCUCGGUGGCGUACCUAAUCUUGAAAAGCUUAUCGGACAUGUAUACUUUACGAAGUAUUUAAGCAUAGGCAUUGAGCAGUGGACACCAUCAUUAACUUACAAUCAUCUAAAGAUCCUUGAAUUAUACCAAGUAAGCUUUGAAGACUUGAAAGAGUUGCAGGUUGUUCUUCGCUUGAUCACAAACUCCCCAAAUUUGCAGGAGCUUCAGAUCUCUGGAUCUUCAAACACAAAUGCCACACUGGAAGCACCUACCUUUGACUUCUGGUGGAUGGAUUGUCCUUCAGAUUGCACAUUUAAACAAUUGAAAAUCGUGAAGAUGACAGAUAUGUGUGGGGUGUCCCAGGAAAUGGAGUUAAUAAAGUUUUUACUAGCGAAUUCACCAGCUUUAGAAAAAAUGAGGAUAGUGCCCUGUAUAUAUGUUACAGAGUUGAAAGUGGAUAUGCUGGUAGAAUUGGUGAGAUAUCGUCGGGCCUCUCCUACAGCUGAAAUUCUGUUCAUCCAGGAAUGAAUAUUGUGAUUUUUGCAUUGUAAGAAUUCAUCCUCUUGCAAAGAUAGGAACCCACUCGGUGAUAGUGAAACCAUUCUUUCCUA